AAAGUUAAAGGCCAGCAGCAAUGGAAACAGCAGCUUUCUGUUUCCAUUUACUAUGAUGCGCAAGAAGCUUGUUAUUGGCUGUCUGUGAGCAUGACUGUGUAUUUACUUCCUGAUGAAGGUGGAGUGCUAUAAAACAAGAACAGACAGGCUGAUCCUCAGUUAUAUGGCUUUGACUUAUUACAGUGACAGCUCAUUUAUGAUGAAGAAAUGGAUAAAUUCAGUAAGAAAGUCAUACAGCUCGUCAAAGAUCACCCUGAAGGAAUCCCAGUCUUGAAGCUGGCUGUGUUCUACAAUCAGAAGUAUCAUCAUAACCUGGUUGUGUCAGAUGCUGGCUUCUCCAACAUUGCUGAUUUCAUUGCUUCUUUGUCCGAGCAUCUGGUAGUAAAAAAUCGGACAAUUUUCCACAGAAAACACAUAUCUCAGACCCAGGACACUGGAGAGGAUGAGCAAGAGGCUCAUAGCCACCCAGAAGACAAGGACAGAACAUCACAGGAAGUAGUGGAAUUGGUUCAGGAGUACCCAGAAGGCAUCCCUCUCAAGCAGCUAGCUAUAUUCUACAGUUCUCACUACAAGCAAAACCUGGUUGUUUCAAACCUAGGCUUCUCUUCAAUCGCCAGUUUUGUUGAUUCCUUGUCAAAGGAUUUGCUGGUGGAAAAUGAGCGCAUCUUCCACAAGAUGCACAGGGCUACUCCUGCGCCACAAGCACCGUUGAAUCAAACCCCUCCCACAAUGAAGACUAGUUCUGGAAUAUCUUUUGGUGUUGCAUCAGUGCGAAAGGAAGGUGAGAUGACCCAAGAAGAGCUACUUGAGAAGGUUACGGAGGUUAUCAGAGUCUACCCAGCUGCUGCAACCUCCAUUACACAACUGAUGAAUGGCUACUUCCUACAUUUUGGGUCUAUACUGCCACUGGCGCUGUAUAUGUCACUGUACAACAGUCAGACCAGCACACAGCAGGCACCUUUUGGCCAAGCACAGAUUAUUGCAGAACAGGGGACAGGAAGUCCUGCUACAUCAGUACAGAUGCUCACUACACCUACUGCAAGCCCCCAGCAUGGUCUUGUGACACACCAGGCGGCUAAAGAAGUGAUACGUUCCAAGAGCGGCUCUCCUGUGUGGCGGCUCACUGCUACUCCACCUCCUGCAGGUUCCAGUCUCACAUCAUUGAUGGACUUCCCACCUCUUGGUACCAAACACCCCAGAGCUGAGGAGAGGAGAAUGAGAGAUGGCCAGGAUGGAAGCGGCCUGGUGUUCCGUGAUGCCCACCAUGCCCAGCUGAGAGAGGUGCACGGCGCUAAUGUUCGUGCAGCAGAGGCCUUGGAGGCUGCAAAUGAGAAGAAGGAGACUGUGGAUAGGUGCAAGAAGAGGCCAAGUCUCGACGAUGUCAACAGCCUUGCUGAGGACACCAUCCGCGACAUCGCAACUGAUGGGGAACAUGUCACAGUGGAGAAGGUGAUGAACAAAGUGUGCAUGCUUUUGCAAGUUCCAUCCUUGAACGCAGUGGGGAUCAGAUCUUAUUGGCAUCUGCCUGCUCUGAAGGAACUCGAGCGCACCAUUAAAGAGAUCAACCUCUUCAUUCAAUCAAUAGAGGCGAUCUGUUCCAUGUGCACUCUCUAUGAGCUGGGUCAGGCUAUUGCCGGCAUCAAGAACAAGAAGCGAUUUGAAGAGCUCCACCUAGGCCCACUUUGCAAAAUCCCACUUGUUCAUCGGCUGUUCACAAUAAGCAGCAACACCAAAGAUGAUGAUAUAUACCAGAUCGAGACUGUGGAUCUUCUUAGGAGUCUUCGUAACUUCAGGAGAAAGCAGAACAAGCAUAAGGUAGAUCUUGCUGAGUUCAUGCAGUACCUUGCAGACCAGUAUAGCUGUGAAUCACCAUAUGAACUUGGAGUCCGGAUCCAGAGUGUUGGGCUGCCCAUUUCAACAUUGUCGAAGGCAUAUGGGUAUGAGAACACUUGCUUGGAGAAAGCCAGAGUGGCCAUUCAGAAGGAGAUUGAGGAGCAAAUGGAGAACAGGCUGUGGAAGAUUAAAAAGAGUUUACUGGAGCCGGCACAGGGAGCGCCGCUCUACUCUUCCUCUGGCAGCCUGGAGCUCAGGAAGAAGUAUGCCAGCUUGACUGCUGCUGAGGCCAUCAUUGAGAUCUUCACUAACUCUGAGGGCAUUUUCAGUCAAAGGAUGACCAAGCAUGUUCAGGACUUCCUCAUGUACGUGUCAGGAGAUAGGCUGGCUCGGACAUUGUUUCAGCUGGCUAUCUGUGGCGGCUCCCUGGCCAUCCCAAAUGAUCUCGCUCCGAAGGAGAAACCCCAAAAACAAGUCCAGGAGCAGAAAGCAUCUGAGAAGAAGGCAACUGUGAUGCCCCCCACUGAAGAUGCUGUGAAGCAGUAUUUCCAGAACUGUGUAUCCAGCUUCACGGGCACGGUGACUCUGCGAUAUCUCAGCCGGCUGGAGAAGAAAUUGGCUGAUAAUUUCAAGUUCAGGGAGUUUGGCCAGCUACAACAGGGCUCCUUCCUUGAGUUCCUGGUCAAAAACAUGCAGAUUCUACAGGAUGCUGCAGGAGGCGCUGUGGCUAUUGACAACCAGGAUAUUCGAGCAUACGGCUUCAGACCCAGCAAGCAAGAUGUGUAUGAGUUUAUUAAACAAUGCGAAGAAGCAGAUCCUUCACAACUGCCAUUUAUUGAGGCUGCACUCAGGAGUCAUUACAGGGUUCAGAACAGUCGAGAUCUGGGCUAUGGAAAACUUUGUACACUGGCAGACUUCGCCAAACGCCAGAAGGAGCUGUGUGAAGGGGCCAGUUCCAGUGUUGUGCGCUACGAAUGCCCUCUGUUCCCUAAAGAGCCAGAGGACAUGCUAGUGGAGACGGUGGGUUUGUUGGGGGAUGUGAGCCGGGAGCAGGCAAUGGCGAGUCUCCUCACUGCUCCACUGCUGGAGGAUUUGGCUGAAUGGAGCCAGUGGGAGUUGGUCUUUCAGCCCAAUCAUGGAUCACUCAAACAGUUCAUUGAAAAAUACUGCAGUAACACAGACCUGCUGGCUUUGGAAGUUUCUCCUGGAGUGCUGUUGAGGAUUACCUCCGUCACUGGGUUUAAAUUCUUCUCUGAAGCUGCCCAGGCCCUUGACCCUGCAGGCACCGCCGGUCACCUAGUGUCCAUUGUGGUGGCUGAUGGGAUUUCAAACACUCCCACAGCACUGCUGGCCAAUCACAUGGAGAGUUCACUAGCAGCAGCAGCUGCCAGAGAAGAUCCAUCCCUUGGUGAAGAUGAAUGCUCCUUCAGCACGGUGGCCAAGUUCGUGCUUGAGUGUGUAACUCGGAUGCCUACGAGAAUCUGCAGGGAGCUGCUGCAACAGGUGUUUCUGGAGCCUCUCUCUCGAGUGCUUGGCCAAGCCAGGUCUAAAGCUGUCCUCCUGGAUGCAGCCAAGUCGGAGACAAGGUACCUCAACAAGCUCCAUCAGUUGGGCAUCCUCUUGGGCAUCACUGAGUGGGUGGAGGACUUCCACACCAAACUCAUCUUACCCCUGAUACCUGAGGUACCCUCACAGAACCUGCCAGCCGACUCUAUGAGUGAUGCAUCCUCAGUGUUGAGUCUGGUUGACAGUGAGAAUCUGUUGGAAGACUUUGUCUCCAGUUCCAAAGCUUCUCAGCAGGAUAUUAAUGACAGCACCAGGAACAAUGCCAAUGUUGAUGUUGAAGAUGAUGCAGAUGAUGAGGAUCUCUUUGAAUUGGCAUCAGAGAAGAAUGAAGAGGUUAACAGCAGUGUUGACAGUAAAGAGGAGGAUGAGGAGGCUGAAGGUGUAGAAGAGCCUCCUGACGGACAAUCAGAUGGGGACAAGCCCGUUAUUGAGCAGCUCAGCUUGCAGAGAACCAUCGUCGAGGACAUCAGGAAAAAUGAGUUUGGUGUGGGAGUAGAGCUGAAUGAAGCAGGUCAGAACCUGAUGAAGAAGCAACAAGCGAGGCUCGGCCGCAGUCUCGAACGCCUCUCCACUGAACUAUACAGCAAAGACACGCACUUUGUUCUGGAGCUAAUUCAGAAUGCUGAUGAUAACAGCUACCCACUAGAUAGAAAAGAGGAUCCUGCUUUGGCCUUUGUAGUGCAGAAAGACUGCAUCACCAUUCUAAACAACGAGUGUGGCUUUGAAGAGAAGAAUGUGAGAGCUAUCUGUGACGUGGGAAAGAGCACCAAGGGAAAACACACCUGUGGCUACAUAGGGCAGAAAGGCAUUGGCUUUAAAUCAGUUUUUAAAGUCACAGACUGUCCUGAGAUCCACUCCAAUGGCUUCCAUAUCCUAUUUGACAAGACCAGCAGCGACAUGGGUUACAUCCUGCCUCACUGGGUGGAGAAGGAGAGGCCUGUGCCAUCUGUUGCCAAGGAGAUAGCUGAGAAAAGCUGGGCCACAAAGAUCUUCCUGCCUCUUCGAUCAGAAAGCUACCAGACCAAAAACCUUUUCCAUGAUGUGCACCCAUCCCUCCUGCUGUUUCUCCACCGUCUCCGCUCCAUCACUAUCUACAGUGAGGCUGAGAAGAAAGUGGUGUCCAUGACGAGACGAGAUCUGACUGAUAACAUCCUGGAGGUGGAGCACACGGGAGGUGUGGAGCGCUGGCUGGUCAUCAAGAAAAUACUGUACCCUACGAAGAUUAAAGUGGAUGUGGAAUCGACAGAGCUAGCGCUUGCCUUCCAGCUCAGUAAUGGCUCCGAGGGUGAAGUGAAGGUUCAGCCUCGGCAGCAGCCCGUCUUCGCAUUCCUGCCCCUGCGAAGCUUCGGCUUCCGCUUCAUCGUCCAAGGAGAUUUUGACAUUCCUUCUUCUCGAGAGGAUGUUGAUAGAGACAGUUCCUGGAAUCAAUGGCUCCGGUCUGAAAUCCCACAACUCUUCCUGCAAGCUAUGGAUGUUUUCAGUAGUCACCCCGAGUUUACUGGGUUGCAGGGACUCUGCCACUUCUUGCAGUAUAUCCCUCAGCCUAGUGAGAUCCUGGACUUUUUCAACCCUGUGGCCAAACAGAUCAUCCAGCUGCUGAAGGGGAAACCGUGCCUUCCAAUCAAGAUGGACAGCAAGGGCAGAGUGGAGUUCAAGUUGCCUUCGCAGGUGGCUGUGUGCCAGGACCCACUGUUCCAGGACGUGAUUGGAGGAGAGGAGUUGUAUAAGCACCUGAACCUUUCAUACCUUCACCCUGCACUGCAGUCAUCACUGUCAUCUUCUCUGCUCACUGCUCUGGGUGUCCAGCGGCUGAAGGCUCCUAACAUCACCACCGUCAUCUGUGCAAUGGCCAAGAGUCUCGUACAAGAGGACGAUAUUCACUCAGAUGCCAGUCUGAAAAAGCUGGCCAAGCUGCUGGCAUGUAAUUUCCGUGCUCUGGAAACUGAGUACAAUGAGGUGGAUAGCCUCCUCCAGGCCCUCCGAGAGGUUCCCAUGAUCCCUCUGGCAGACGGCCGUGUGGUGGCUCUCAGUGCAGAGGGUGUCUUCUUUCCUCUCACUGAGAAGACUCACAAAGGUCUGGAUGAUCUGUACAAGGACCUGAGCAUCAUAGAGCCGCGGCUGCUGGAAUGUCUGGAUAAGUUGGGUAACUCUCAGGUGCGCGAGCUGCUCUGUAGACUGCAGGUUCAUGAACUGGAGCCCAAAGAGGUGCUGCAGAAGCACAUCUACCCCAUACUGAAGAACGCUGCUUGGAAGGAAAAGCCGAAGGGCAUCACUGUCAGCUACCUGGUGUUUAUAAAGGAGCAUUCGCAGGAGCAAGACUACAGAGUGCUGAGGGAAGCUAUCCCCGUACUCACCAACAAGGGUUUCCUCUGCCCCGGCCAAAGCAAAGUGCAGUUCUCCAAAGAGUAUGGCAACAUGGACCUGCCCACCAAGCUACCUGGUGUGGACUGGGUGCUGCUGGAUCCAUGCUACCUGCAUGAUGGAGAUGUAUCAGGAUGGAGGGAUUUCUUGAGUGACCUUGGAGUGAGGGAUCUUCUCAUUUUCAGGAAGGAGCAACGCACCCUCAGAGCCACUGAGAUGGCAUCAAGCCCAUGGGCAGUGGAGGCAGAGCUGUGGCCCAAAACUGAUGAUAAACUGUAUGUCAUAGAGGAUAGUCAGUGUGAAGAGCUCCACUCACUGAUAACGGCAGAUCAACUUCCCUCUGACAUCAAACUGCAGCAAAGACAUGCUCUGAUCAACCUGCUGGAGAACAACUGGGACACUGGAGAGAAGUAUGCUCAGUACCUCAGUGCUCAAGUACUGGACAGCCAGGGUCGCACCCUAAGAGAUGCCAAGUCCUCUUUCUACUACUACCUCAUGCAGUUGGCAUGGGUGCCUGCCUACAAGCCCAUGCAGGACGGGAAAGAGGUUGUGGAGUGCUUGAUUCCAAACAAGGUGUAUCUCUUUUCUGACAAAGUGCACCUUCUCUUGGGAUCCCACGUCUAUUACGUGAAACUGGAUCCCAGCGAAUUCUCCAGAGCUGUAGGGAUGAGACACACUGUUCUGGUGGAUGAGAUGGUCAGCUACCUGAAAUGCUGGUGUAUGAAGAAGUCUGAUGGCGGCGAGGCUGAAGGAGCCGAUUUCAUCACCACCGUGCAGCACAUCCACUCCGUAUACCAUUACUUGCAAGAACAUUGCUCACUCCCACAGCUUAGAGAGUUCUUCCAGCACUCACCAGCUGUCUUCAUAGAGUAUGACAGGAAGGACGAGUGGUCUUCAGGACACUUCUACCAUCUCAAGGACGUGUGCUGGCGAGAUCCAACAGGCAUGUUUGUCAGAUACAAGGAGCUGAUCCGCAAGCCAGACAGCAGGGUCCAGGAACCUAAAGUAUUGGCUCCAUUUUAUAGCAAAUUGCAGCACAUGGAAGAACUGUUUAUGAAGUCUUUGAAUGUGGAGCCCAGUCCAUCCAUGAAGCAGUAUGUGGACCUUUUGGAGGCUGUAUGUGAAUCAUCGCCACUUCCCACAGGAGAUGUGCUUCAGGAUAUCUCCAUCAUUUUUGCCAGACUGGCCGAAAAAUGUAAAAAAACUUCGUACACACAGCAUGAUGAAGACAUCGAACUGGACCAGUUCUACUGCAGAAAUCUGAAAGAAAUGGUGUCUCGUAUGAAGGUGUUUCCUACCAAGACACAGGGCUGGGUCACACUAGCCCGGAAACCUAUGAUAGCAGACAACCCAACCCUGGAGAAGAUCUUCAAAUCUCAUGCAGAAGUUUGCCUACUCAACCUGCCCUCAGCUCAGAAGAAAGCAGCCAACGGACUUAAACCAAACCCAAAAGGCAAGCUGCAUGAGGAGAAGCUGGCCUUCAGUGAGGGAGACCGUGAGCUGUUCCUGGAGAUCUGUGGCGUGAAGAAACUCUCCCAGUGUGUCACCACCGAACCCCAGACGGAGAACUACAGGCCAUGUCCGGCUAUGCAGAACCUGGUGCGUGACCUCAUCCUGUACAUCCAGAGGUUCAUCUACCACCAUGAUGAGCUCAGAGAAAUGUACAAAGACAUGAAAGAGAGCGGAAUUGCCCAGGAGAUCAAGUCACUGAAGUUUGGUCAAGUGGGAAAGCUGUACAUUUAUUACCGUCUGGAACAGCCAGAUGAGAGCCUCAUUGUAGAGAGUGAAGACAUCGUAUGUCUUCUGAAAGACAGGAAAGAGUUCUACAUUCAGAAAGACCAUCUGUCAUCCAAAAUGGCCAUCUACAGAGAGCUGGUGAAACUGUUCACCACAGAGAAGAGCUUUAUGGAGGAACUGAAACAAUUUCUCGAGGAACUUAUGUGCACCGAUGAUACAGAUUAUUUGAAAAAAAUACUGGACAAUAAAGGCAUUAAGGAGCUUCCUCAGGAUGAAGAGCGAUGGGAGGUUCCAGCACCGCUGGAGACACCCGAACCCAGGAAGCUCUUUACCAACAGCUCAUCAGGAACUGUGAGUGCACAGGAAGUGGAAAUGAACACAAAUGAUGAUGAUGAUGAUGAUGAUAAACUGCACUGCUGGCCUCCCAAAGCAUCACUCAGCAAAACAGGAGGCAGAAGCACAGGAAAAGGAAGCCAGGCAGUGGAGGCAGUAAUGAAGAUGUGGCCUCCUCCAGCACCUCCAGCUUCUUCAGCUCCUGCUCACUGGGGCUCUGGAGCUGAAAGAAGCUCACUCAAUACAAGUGCUCAGGAAAAUACAGCAGAACUCCAGCUACACCGAGAGCCAGGUGCUCCAAGUAUUCAGGGAUUUCAGGGACCCAGGUCAAGCGAUCACAUUCCACACACAGAAGAACAAACUCCCAAAGCUACUGUACAGGUGAUCCAGGGUGUUGAUGCUACUAACGAAGCCCAUGCUGGGUCCAGUGUGGCUCCUGGUGAACAAGCUGAAACCAGCGUGGACAAGCCAGAGAGCAACAGUACUCCAUCUCCAGAGCAAGUUCAUAAGCCAGUCCAACCUCCAGAAGUCAUGGCAAGCCAGUUCCAGGGAAGCGUUAUUCACCGUCCACCCGUGCCUCUGGAGAAUGCAGUAUGGAUCAAACCGACAGUUGCAGAAGCAGUGCUGGAGGACCUUGUCCUAGACUUCAGUUUGCCCAACUCCCUGCAGAUAUCAAACGAUUGCGAUGACAACGAUGAUAUCGGGAGAUGGGGAGAGCAGCUGGUCUACUCCUUCCUCAACCGCUGGCGAGAAAGCGGAGAAGGACCACGAGAGAUCACCUGGCCCAAUGAAAAGGGUGAGAGCGGCCAGCCGUACGAUUUCAAACUGAUCUUCCCAAGUGGAUAUAACAACACACGAGAGGUGUUCGUGGAAGUCAAGACAACAGUCAAGCAGGAGAAGCACUUUAUUCACCUGUCAGCCAACGAGCUCGACUUUGCACUGAAGGAGAAGGAAAAGUAUCACAUAUACAGAGUGUACGGUGCCGGAAACUCACAACUUACCCGUCUUUGUCGCAUCAAGAACCUUGCCCAGCAUCUGCAUUCCAAAACACUAGAAUUGUUUUUAUUUGUGUAGAGUGAAAAUAUUGAAACCUUUCUAUCAGUUGUCCAUAUAAUUUUAUUUUGCACUAGUGACUUUAUGCACUGUCUACCUUUGGCUUUAGUCCACAUUUUACAUGGUUUUUAAAAUACAGGUUUAAUUAUUAUAAGAUCUUUUAGUUCUUUUAUACCUCUCUGUCUUGUGUUCAGUGUUAUAUAUAUUCUGUCUUAUGCAACUUAAAAUACUAAAU